AUGGCGAGCACAGUUCGCCCUCGAGGUCAGCAACAUGACCUGAAGGCCUCUGGAAGGCUUUCAAACGGCAUCAAGCAAGGCGGCCAGGAUGGCUUCGAGAUCUCACCCUUUACAACCCCUCUCGUAGCCCUCCAAUUCUCAACGGGCGCCCCUCUUCUCGUCCACCGCGCCCUUCUCGAGCAACACUCCCUCCUCGCCCUUCUCUGCAUCACCAACUCUAUCGCCUCCCCUAUCACCUCCCCAGCUAUGAGUCCUUCCCAAGGGCACAGAUCCCUCUCCAGAACAGCUUCCUACUUCUCAUCCCAACAACACAACACUUCAUCUACUCCUCUGUCUCCGGGAACCUCUGGAUAUGUCAUCAACUUCCCCGACAUCUCCCCACAAGCCGGCCACGUCCUGGUGCAAUAUCUCUACUCGCCAGAGAAGUACCACACCCUUCGAUACACCGGAUGGCCCGUGAUCCCGGAACGCCAACUGACUGUGAGCCGCUUCCGAACGUCGGUGGAGGUUUAUGGAGCCGCAAAGAAGUACGAGCUUCGCGGAUUGGAGCAGCUGGCCAAGAAGGAAAUGCUCGAGCUGGGUGGGCGACUGGAUGCUUUCACCGUUAUUGGAGUUCUGGAACAACAACCAACAGACGGCGAGGAUCAUUGGCUGGACGAGUUCGCCAAGGGAUGGGCCAGGAAGGCAUUUCAAGACCCCGGGAGGGUUUUGAGAGCUCAAGAAGAGGACGAAACACGGGGCCAGCAGGAAACAACACAAGGUAUGGCCUUGGCAAGAAAAUUCAUGAAGGGCUUGCUGGAGGUUUAUGAGGAGAUGAACUCCAACAAGAAGCCUCGCCAGGACAUCGACGAGCCAGCAGACGACUUUGCGACCGGAGUGACAACACAAGUCGAGAGUCUCGGCGUCGAAGAGCCCCUUCCCCAACCUGCCGAAGUGGAGAUUACGAAGGAGAUAUUCUCCAUCACUACCGAGACCAAGCAUGUCGACUUCCACGACACUUCCGCUACCUCUGCUGCACCCGUCCAGCAACACGAGCACACCAUCUACCGACCAUUUACCCCUCCACCUCGAUCCGAGUCUCCCAGACACGAAUCCCACGGACAAGACGAGGUCAAGGAGCUCGAAGCGGACCAGUGGGUACCCCCUGCCACUUCUCCUUCGUUGGAAGCCGCGCUCGGUUUGCAGCCCGCUGAAUUCAAUGAACUGGCUACCGACGGAGCUGUAGAACUCUCUCCCAAAUUCUCUCCAGAUUUCUCCAUUGAGAGAGAUCUACAACACGAGCCAGAUAGGCAGUCAAUACUGGAGCCUGAGCCAGAGGCGGAGGAGCCGGUCAUGCUUCCAUUGGAUGCUGUUGUUGAUGAUGAUGUUCCGACAGAGAAGAUGGAGGAAGGACAGGAACAAGAGCAGGAAAUCCCGGUUGCACAUGCCCAGAAGGAAGUGGAACACGACGAACAGCCACACAUUGAGCACGUUGAGCACACGGAGCCGGAGGUCGCACCGGAGCAGGAGCCCGAGCACAAAGAGCUGGAGCCGCAAGUUGAGCAGAAGAAGCCGGAGAUCAAGGAGCCGGAGCCGGAGUUGGAUACCAAAGAGGAGGAAGCAUUCAGCACACCUAACGAAACCAUCAGCACACCCAUGCAGGGUCUUGUCUACACCUCCACGCAAAGGGAGCUCGAACGUCCCGUCACACCUCAACCCCGGGAGAGCAUCCAGACGCCACCCGAAGGCCUUAGGACUCCUCAAAAUGACCUCAUCUUCGACUCCCACGCCGAAGACUCCCCUGCCUCCGUAACCGCCAGCCCCAGCAGCCCCAGCAAGAACCGCAAGAAAAACCUCAAGAGGAAGGCCAAGCUGGCCGAAGCCAAGAAGCGAGUAUCGGCAACUCUCUCGCCCGUCAUGCCUGUCGCCGCCUCUUCCAACGCAACGCCCUCCGAGACCCCAUCCCGAGACAUUGCGCCACCCGAGCCUCUCUCGCUUGAGGCAACCAAGGACAAACCUGCAAAAGGUAUUUGGCACUGGACACCGUCUUAUGAUGAAGGCAAGGAUCGGAACAAGUCAUUGACAUUUUCAAAUUCAGAGGAGGACAAGGGGCAAUCGGGCAGUACGGGAGUUCUGGCGGCACCUGUUGAGAUCUUUUCCGGAGGAGUUCAUUUGCCUGAGGCUGCGAAGAAGAACACUGCAUUUGAAGACGAGCUUACACGAGUGUCUGAUCAGGCACCACAGGGGCCUCACGAUUCUGAGACACCACAGACUCAGACGUCGGCGUACGACCAGGCAAAGCAGGUGCUCAAGAGCAUCAAGGAGCGACCGCAAACUCCCGUUCAACCAGUGAGUGAGGGACAGACACCUGGGGAACAGACACCCAUCGACGAGCUUACCAGCAGCCCCAAGUCUCCCAAGAAGAAGCGCAAGACAAAGAAGAAGAUCGUCAAGCCCGCUGGAGAGUCUACAGCUCCAGUUCAGUCAGAGACGGCCACUCCUUCAGCAGAAACACCAGCCGAAACACCCCAGGAAACACCCCAGGAGACAACGCCCCAGGAGACAACGCCCCAGGAAGUUACCUCACGCCCCGGUCCCGCAAAGCCAACGAAGAAGACCACCAGAGACCGCAAAGACUCCAAACUCUCCCCUGAGCCUACAGGAAUUCUCCCACCUCCUACCUCCAGCCCUUCCAGUCCGGAUAUCCGUUCCUCUCUGCAAUCACCACCGCAAUCUCCACCGCAACCGGCUUACAAGAUCUUUUGGCCUUGGGGCUCCAGCAAGCAGGCAAACCAGCCCAAGGACGAGCCGCUGAGUUUGGAUCAGGCACUCGCUCCUGCCCCAAAGUCCGAGCAGAAGCCUGAGCCUGAAACGAGCCCGGAGCCAUUGGCGCUUGAGGGCCAAUCGGAUGCGCCCACGGAGCCCGCCAGCUCGCCGAAGAAGAAAAAGACCACCAAGAAGAAGAAGAGUAGUUCCAAGGUUGCUAGUGGUGGUGGUGCUCCUGUCGUGGAACAAGAGCCUGAGACCCAACCGCAACCGCGGGAAAGUGAGGCUGCACCAGAGGCUGCCGCUGCCCAAGCGCUGCCCGAAGUUACACAGCAGGAUGUGCCCAAGGAUGACAAGGACAACACCAACACCGAGGACGUGGCCCAAGUCGCCCAACCGGCACGGGAUGAGGUGCAACAUGAGGCCCAGCCAGUGGUGGAGCACCACACGGUUCAACCAACGACCGAGGAACAACAAUCUGAAACGAAGGACAUUCCAUGUGAGGCCCAACCGGAAGCAACCGCUGUCGACCAGACGCCAAUCGUCCAGGACCAACCAACCCUCGAUCUUCAGCCACCCAUCGAGCUCCAGACACACAUCAUCAGCCCUACUGGUGCCAUCAUCGACACCCUUCCCACCAUCCCAGAGGACGUCACUCCAUCAGCUUCGACCAUUAACUUUGCCAACCCAAGCCUGUCGGCCUCGGUGAUUGAUACUCUUUCCAGCUCGGUGGCGGUGACGGCUGUGGAGUACCAGAACUCUACGGCUACGCUACCACCGCCGGUUGAUGUGGGUGCUGUCGAAGGACUUCAUGAGCUUGCUGCUGACAGGCCUGUUGAGGUCGAUCCAACUACUGUUGGUGAGACUCCAGGGGCGGAGAGUGAAGUAUUCUCGACGCCGGCACAGGAAGUACCUGGUGAGAUUAUCGUGCUUUCGGGCGAGGUUGAACUUGUUGGCGAGGAACCUGAGACUCCGGGAGGAGGUGCACCGCUUGUUGAUGCCCAUGAUUUGGUGUUCAAGCCGGUUGAGCCUAUCUCCAAGUCAACACCAGCUACGGAGUCUCAGUCGAAGCCAUCCAAGAUCCCUCUUCCCUCAACCAAGGCAGAUGAUAAAUCGGCAGAACAGCAGACACCCAGUGAAGGUAGCACAGGUUGGGGGUCAUGGCUUGGAGUUCGGAAGAACAAGAAGAAGGUCGCCGAUAAGGACAAGAGCAAGAAGGACGACACGAAGAAGACACUGACGUCCAAGGCCAGCAAGGCCAGCAUCAAGGGCCUCUCCACCUCGGCGUCCGUUUCUAACACAGAGCAACUUCCCCAAGCUAACAUUGUCCAACCCAACUCCGAAGCUGCCCAGUCCAAGACCCAGCUACCCUCCACUCAACCGACCACCGAGUCCCAUACUUCUGUCACCGCCGCCGAACCAAAUCAACAAACCCAACGAGCUCUCAACUCCGUCAAAUCCGAUCCCGAACUACGACCGUCUACUUCCUCGUCAACAAAUACCAACGACGCUACCAUCCAGGCUCUGAGCCAGAGCCAAACUAGCACUGGCAAGUCCGGAUGGGGAUUCCCACUUGGUAAGAAGAGGAGGAACACGAGUGCUUCGCAUGGACCAGCCCCGCCGGUAGUUGCCGCGACUACAUCUGCCGCGGCUGCCGUACCAAGGGCCAUUCCCGAGGCAGUGAAGUCUGCAGUUGGCGGAACGGACGUAGCGGGAAGUCAUGGAAGUGGGAGCGGCAGCGGAAGCUGGGGUGCAGCUAGUUGGUUGUUUCCCGGGGCCGGAGGAAAGGAUGGAAAGGACGGCAAGGAGGCACAUGGUAAUGGUGGUAGUGCCGGGAAAGGGAGCGAUGUUUCUGGGGAUGGCGAUGGGAAGGUGAACGGUCAUGGUGGAGGGGUUGAUGUCAAGGCCAAUGAGGAGGAGCAGGACAAGCUGGUUGCGAACGACCAGGUCGAGAUCGACACAAAGGCCAAGGAUGAAACGGACGACGUGAAGAACAACACUAUCGAGAGCGUCAAGGAAGCCAUCACCAACGAAGCUACCGCUAUUGCUUCCGCUGCGGAUGAAGCCCUGAACAAGGCUCUGAAUGCGGUCACUUCCGUCGCCGGCCCCGUUAAGGAGACGGCCAACAACGAGGCUAGCACCAGUGAUGGCGCCGUCAACGAUCCGUCCACCGUCCUGACCGAGCCCGCCGAACCUACCGAGCCCACCUCUACCGAAGCGACCUCCGAGCAACCGCCCGCGAUCCCUCCCAAGCGCCGCACCACCAAGUCCCGCACACCCUCAGUCGCUUCCGUCAACCGCGACGGCCAAACUGCCGUCACAAAACCUGUGCCAGCUUCGACACCAUCCGCCACCACCACCACCGCCACCUCCAACAAGAUUCCAGGUGAAGGCGAGCAGUUUUUUCUUGGCGAACAAUCUGGUAGUAACACACAAGUACAGACCCCAUCCGUGCCUAUCGAGAGUCCUGGAGAUGGGAGUAGUGGGAGUAAUCCCAACGCCCCGAACGCCGAGAUCACCACUGCUACUUUACCACUACAAUCCCCUCGAUUGCCAAGAACCCCCCUCUCGCCGCUUUCAACGCCGCUUCUUCCGAUACAAAUGCAAAUGGGGACGGGACCAAAGGGUCAAAAGGGAAGGGGGAUGUUCCGAUUGCAACUGUUACGGAAGUUCAGGGACAAGCUGAGGAAUCGGCGCCGGCUGCGACAACAACGACAACAACUACUGCUGGGGGUGGGAAGGGGCUCUGGUCAGGAGGAAAGGGAGCUGAUGGGAAGAGGCCAGGAGCAGCAGAUGGAAAGGACGCAGGGAAGGACGGCGGAAAGACAGCAGCGCAACAAGACCCAAAGCCAAAGACCAAGACUCGAAGCGAUUCGUGGAGUCUUUGGGGGAUGUCGGGGAGGAGCAAGCGGAAUAGCGUGA